UGCUUUAACUAAGAAAUAAAUAUGAAUCAUCCAUUAUUACUUGAAAUCCAACUAUUUGCUGUUGGAAAGAACACGUAUCAUCGAGAUGAAUUGCCAGAAACUACUCAAAUGUUAGUUAGCAAGAGUUUACGACUCUUGGAAGAAUUGCCAGUACUAAGAGACUCAAUCUUUGACUAUUAUUCAAAUAUCUUUGAUGUAUCUAUUGAAAAAUAUGUAAAAAUGGAGAAAUCCAAUCAAUCAUCGACACAAAAUGACAAUGCCAUCAUAAUGAUCAAGGAAGGACUUGAAAAGCUUCUUAUGGAACGAUCUUGGGCUGCAUCCUUCAUAUCACAAUGGAGUUUAUCACGUCUGAUAAAACCCUCGGUUGAAUAUGCAAUGAAACUCAAUUUGGAUUUUAAAGCUGCUUGCACUCUUUGGCUUGGAUGUAAUGCCAUGAGAUGUUUGCUGGAUCUUUGUGGAUUAUGUUUCAGCAAGUUUGAUGACAAUGAAACAAAACGAUAUAUUUAUGAUUUAGAAAAUGUUUUUGCCGACAACAGACCGAAUUUUGAUUGGUGUGUAGCUCAUUUGAGUUCGCUUUUCCCUCUCAAGUUCGUAUCAAAUAUUUUGCGCAUGCCUUCAAUGUUUACAUCAACUUUUAUUCAAUCAACUGUUACUGUUCUGGAGUAUUUGUCAAGCACAAAUGAGAGAAGCCUCAAUAUGUUAUUGCGUGAAAUAAUUGAGGAAGCUCUAAACGGUGAUCAAAGCGAUCUAAAAUCAAAAGAUUACAUUCCAAACUUGAUUCAACUUUCCAGUCGAUCGGAGAUUUAUGCUCAAUCAAUUCUCAACGUUUUCCUGGAAUUUAUGCAAAAGGAUUCUGAAAUAUUUGUUGACAAAUUAAAACGACAAGCUUUGAUGCGACCACUUGACUAUAAACCAGUUGAACUGCACAAAGUUCUUCCUGAUUUAAUUUUGAGAACGAGUAAAAAUGGAACGAAAUUAUUGUUGAUGUUGGCUGAUCGAUUUUGCUACAAUAAUUGGUGCAUGGAACUUUUGGAACUCGUUUUAGUAAAGCUUCAAUCGCUGGUGUUUAACGAUGAAACUUGUCCUCUGUUCAACGACAUUCGAAGAGAUCAUUCUUGGGACAUUCUUUGGAAUGCUUGUUCAAGUGACAAGAAAAUUCUUCAACAAACAGCUGUUCGGUUAAUUCUCCUUUCCAGCAGUGAAAGAAAUCCAAUUUUAUAUUACAAGACAAUCGAGAAGUUGAUUCGAACAAACACUCAAGUAGAAAUGAAUUCAUUCAAUGCUUUAAUUCGUCUUCUUGACGAUCCCAUUGGAAUAAAUGACAUACCUGACGUUAAAAUUCCAAUUUCCCACAUUAUACAAAGACUUGUUAUCGAUGUUGAGAAUCGCAGCAAUUUCAAUCAAUCGUAUUUCAUAUUGAAGAACUUCAUUAACUUAGUUACGAUUGAGAAAUCAAAUCAAUCUCAAUUCUUGAAAAGAGGAAUCGUCACGUCAUCAAUUCAAUCAUCAUUUCGAAUGUUGAUAAAUAUUUGGGAGAUUUUAUUGCGUAAAGUUAUGCCUGACGUUGAAACAGCUUUAAUUACCAAUAAUGAUUCUAAUGAGAAUAUUGCGAAACGAAUAAAGUUGGAAAAUGAUGAAGAUGAUCCCAUGGAGAUUGCUGAUCUAGAAGAAGAGAAAGUUUAUGAUACAAAAGAUCACAUUCAUAUGAUAACAAACUUGAUAGACAUCUUGAAUAAUGUUGGGACAUUGAACAUGUCAGAUGCAAUUCGAUGCGAGAAAUUCACCAUUAAAUAUUUCUUUUGGUGUUUGACAGAGACUGAUGAAGUGACAAGAGUCACAGUCACCAAUCGUUGCUACAAUUUAUUAUCAAAACAAUGUUCUGGUCGAAAAGGAAUCCGAUCAGCAGCAUUGCGUGACCUUCUUGAAGGUGCGUUGUUCUUGUAUCCAAAUCUUUUCGGUGCACCAAUUCACGUCGCCGGAAAGUCACAAAUUUAUCAUAAAAAGGAUGAAUCAUUGUUGAAGUUGAAUCAAAAGCAAGGAAUUUCCUUGAAUGUUUCACGAUCAAGUAUUCUUCAUUCUGGUGUUAUUGGCUGUGGAAUCCCAAAAGUCUCUCAACCUUGGAUUCCCGAUGGCUUGGAAAACGAUGUUAAAAAUAUUUUCCUGAAAGCAAUUGUCGCUUGUUGUAUAAAUGAAGAUAACAGCACAAUCACAAACAAUAACAAAUCAUUGGAAGGAUUUUGCCUUCUCUCGCAUAUUCUUGUAGAGCUGGUCACAACUGACGUUAUGUAUAAUGGGAUUGCAUGGCCAGAAGAAGAAUUCACUCGCGUUACAAUUGAACGUGAUCUCCACAUCAGAAGAACUUUUAAAAAUUGUCCAAUCUUAUGGUCAAUUAUGGGUGUGUUGGCGAUGUAUAAACAGCCUUUGUAUAAUUGCAGCGUUUUUCUUCGUGCAAUUUGUGCUUCAGUUAUGCAUCAUUGGCGUGCAAAGUCAACAGAAACUAUAAAUGGAAAUAAUUCUGAAUUAAUGUUCUUUACAGUUAAACUAUUAGAAUUGUUGUCUCUGGGACAACUUCUCCCACCACCUUUAAACUAUUUAUACAUUGUCGUCCAGCAUCUAGAACCAAAUGAGAUCGCUUAUGUUCUGAAAGAAUGCGUUUGGAAUUACAUGGUUGCAAAUGGACCUGCAAUUGUCAAUCCUGAAGGCUUUGAAGUCAAUCAGCCACUUCCAAAAGGUCCACCAUCGGAACAAUUUGUUGAUCCACUUAGAAACACAAUGCAGAAGAAAUUGUCUACUUUAGGAAAUCUUUAUUAUCAAAUGUUUAUUUUAAGCCCAACUAGCGAUUAAAAAUUUUAAACUUUAAUUCAUGAAUUUUUAUAAUAAAAAGUUCAAUCAAAUUUAUGAGUCGUGUUCUAUUAAGUUGUUAAA